AUGGCUGCUGCAAAUCUUGUUCGCAGUGCCCUAAGUGGAUUUUUACGAAAAUCCUCCACAUAUAAAACACCGGUAGUAUGCCGGCUUUCGACCGUUGCUUUGCAACAAAAAAUUACUAGCGUAAAUUAUGCCAUCAAAACAUACAACAGUCUGAAUCACCAAAAUGGGGUAGCGACACUGCGUACCCAACGAUACUACUGUGCUACUCAACCCAAACCAGGACAAAAGGAAAUAGAGGGUAGAGUGUUGAAAAACCUGUAUGUGAGUGCCCGCAACUACAGCGGCGGAGCUCCUAUCACAUUAGAAUUACUUAAAAGUAGGGUGUUACUUGUACUACAACUUUAUGACAAAAUUAAUCCUGAAAAGUUGAGUUUAGAAAGCCAUUUCAUUAACGAUCUUGGAUUGGACUCCUUGGAUCAUGUUGAGGUUAUUAUGGCUAUGGAAGAUGAAUUUGGAUUUGAGAUUCCUGAUGUAGAUGCUGAGAGGCUCCUUAGACCAAAAGACAUAGUCCAAUACAUAGCUGACAAAGAGGAUGUUUAUGAAUAA